AGGGGCGGGAAGCACAUGCGAUCAUUUCCUGGAAUUUGAACAGCCCAGUCGCUUUUCGGCGGGGAAAUCGUCUCGGAAAACCAGCGCCAACCCAAAAUAUUUGAAAUUUGAAUUUUGAAUUUUGAAUUUUCAAAAAACGGUGGUCCAAAGCGGGUGAAUCUUCUCGAAGUCGGGUACAGAGCCGCCGAUUUAACGUGCCGUUUCGUCUCCCCGAGAGGUUAUGAUUGCAAAUCAUUUCAGCCGCCACGUGUCAUUUCUUCAUUCGCCCGUCUGGGCGGCAUCUCUCCUAUAUAAAGCGUCGUUCUCCUUGGAAAGGUCUUCCCACCAAGGUCGAGCAUUCCUUUGUGGUCUUCCACCCUCCAACAAGAAGUGGAAAGACAAAUAUGUCUGCGUCAAAUUCCCCCCGGGUGCCUUUCCUUUUGCCCAAAACGUCUGGGGGAAAAGAAUGAAGCGCCAUGUCAAACCAGCGGAGGCCGAUGACCUGGUUGCUUGGGAAGCCACUCUCCGGGCCGGGGAUGCCUCCACCCGCGGUCUGUACCAUGUUGGGAAGUGGAGCGUCUACCCCGGCCGGGAGACCGACCCCGAACCGGAGAUUGUUCUGCCCGGGGUGAUCCCCGAAGCCAUCCCCAUUCGUCAGGCGAGGGGAUCCAAAGCCCCGGCCACUACCAAUGCCGGUCCUUCAUGCCCGGCGAAGAAGAAGAAGGAGGAAGUGGUGAAGUUUCAAUCCAAGUUUGCCGUCCCCCAAAUCGUGGUUGAGGAGCCCUCCUCCGCUCAGCCACUCACUCCUCCAUCCAGCCAACCACUCUUGAUGGAUGAUCUGCCGGCCCAGUCUCACCAAGGGACCAGCCAGCCGAUUCACUCGGGGGAGAUCUACUUCAACGUAGACACCUUCGA